AUGCUUGACACCGGUAGUAACCAGUCGUUUGUGACAUCCGCCGUGGCCGACCAGCUUCACUGCCAGCAGCUGGCCCUCGACGACAUGAACGUGCAGUCGUUCGGAGGUGGGCAGACGAAGCAAAAGAUGAGGAAGGUGCAGAUAUCACUAAAAGGCCUCUGUGACGGAACCCCACCUCUGGCGAUCACAGCCUAUGUCGUGCCGACGAUCUGCAGCUCACCACCGAGAGCGGAGCCGGCGAUCAGACGUCACGCUCACUUGAAAGGACUGCAGCUGGCUGAACCGGUGACACUGGAAGGCGAAGAUCACACCAUCUCCGUACUGAUUGGACAGGACUACAUGCGGGAAGUGAUCGACGGCCGCAUGAAGAUCGGAACUGCCGGGCCCAUCGCGCUGGGCUCGCGAUUCGGCUGGAUCAUCUCCGGUCCCUCCGGCUCUGGGAAAGCAACUCAGGCAGCGACUUCCAACUUCAUCAGAGCGGAGAAGGCCGAAGACCUCUUGCAAGACCUCUGGAGCCUGGAGAAGGUAGGAAUUAGUACCGAGGAAUCCGAUGGUGGAAAGGACCGCAUUCGCUGCGACGAUGAAGUUAAACGCUCUUUUGAAGAGACGCUGGAGCGCCUACCAAACGGAAGGCAUCACCUGAAGCUCUACGAACAGUCCGACCCCAAGCUGGUGACAUUGCUGAAGCGAGACAUAUACUGUGAUGACCUUAUCACUAGUGUCGACACGGAAGAGGAGGCGGAGGAGGUCAAAGCUCGGACACAGUAUAUCUUCCUUGAUGCAGGGAUGGUCAUGACAAAGUGGGACAGGAGUGCCUCGGGUGAAACGGCUGAAAGGAAUAUCGGUGAUUGUGGGGAAACUGACCGGAAGGUACUGGGGGUGACCUGGCAGCCUGCUUCAGACGUUCUGGAGAUGUGCACACGCACACUGGCAGAGUACGCUGCGGCGUUGCCGGAGACCAAGCGGACCAUCCUGAAGAUCGCCGCUGCGUUCUAUGACCCGCUUGGCUUGAUGGCGGCUUUCUCUUGGCCGGCACGGUAUGAAGAUGAGGAGGUACCAGCUGACUGCACGGUAGAGCAAGAGAAACAAGAAGUGAGCGUCAACGCGUGCUCCACCGCGGAAGAUGUCGCUGGAAUCGGUCAGCUGGUGCCACUGGAGAACUACAGCUCCCUGAAACGUCUGCAUCGCGUCACCGCCUGGGUCAUUCGCUGGACGAAGAAGGCACGGCGAGAAGAAGACACGGCGGGAGAACUCACCCAGGAGGAGAUCCGGAGAUCUGGCGACCUAUGGGUUGCACAGGCUCAGACCGACGCAUUUAAAGAUGAGAAAGCAAGGCUUCAGAGCGGACAAGAUGUUCCCGGGACUUCAGAUGUCUUCCAUCUGAAUCCGCAUCUAAACAACGGGUUCCUGAGAGUGACCGGCCGUCUCCAAGAAUCAGAACUGACUGCACAAGAAAAGUACCCGCUGAUACUGCCCAGCAAACACCGCUACACCAAGCUGGUCAUUCUAGACCUGCAUGAGAAUCUCUGUCAUGCAGGGAUACAGCAGACAAUGUUCGCUCUCCGAUCCCGGUUCUGGGUACCCCGGAGUCGCCAGACAGUGCGCCAGACCAUACAUGGCUGUGCAAGAUGUCGGGUGUUUCGCCUGAAGCCACUGUCACAGGAGAGGGCGCCGCUUCCCAAGGAGAGGGUAUGCGGUGGCGCACCCUUCUCGCGCAUUGGUGUCGACCUGGGUGGACCCCUGUACUUCAAAGAUGGCGAGAAAUCUGAACCGGUGAAGGCCUACUUCGUCCUCUUCACCUGCACUGCCGUCCGCGCCGUCCACCUGGAGCUUGUGGAAACGCUUUCGACAGAAGACUUCCUGGCGGCCUUCGAGCGGUUCGUGGCUCGUCGUGGAAAACCCACAGUAGUUUUCAGCGACAACGCCACAAACUUUCGAGGAGCCGCAUCCCGCUUGACCCAUCUAGGCGUGACCUGGAAGUUUAACGUGCCAAGAGCCCCCUGGUGGGGAGGAUUUUUUGAACGAAUGGUGCGGACAACAAAAGACGCUCUGAGGAAGACAUUGUACAAGAGCCUGAUGACGUUCUCCGAGCUGCAAACAGUGUUAUGUCGCAUUGAGAGUGUCAUAAAUGCGAGACCACUUUCACCGCUCACUGAGGACAUCAACGACGUACGGACUCUUUCGCCUGAUGACUUCCUGCGAGAUACGUCACAUGAGUCUGCGGAGCGUGCCGCCACGGACCACCCGGAGACGGAUGGCGAACCUGGGCGCUCUCUGGGAGCAAGAUGGAGGUACCGACGGCAGGUCCUUCAGCACCUAUGGCAAAGGUGGGCACGAGAGUACGUGAGGGAGCUGAGAGUACCGCGCCGUGAGCCAAAUGACCAGCCCAAGGUGGGGGACAUGGUCUUGAUCGGCGAUAACACGAAGACAUCACCAGCACUCUGGCAGAUGGGCAAAAUCACCCAGCUGCACCAGGGACGGGACGGUUUGACCCGGUCUGCGACAGUGCGAACAGCUGGUGGUGAGCUCGCGCGGCCAGUCCAGAGACUGUACCCCCUGGAAGCAACCUGA